GUAGCAUGACAACCAAAAAACACAAACCCCAUUGGAACAUAUUUGUUUUGGUCAUUGCUUUCAAAGAAUAAUCAAUUGAAUGCAUCUAAAAGUUGAAGAAUAUGAGAAGAGUUUGAAGUUUGAAGAGUUAGAGUCUUCGAGAGUAUUAGGGCAAGCAAGAAUAGGAAAGGUCAGAAAAAACCCAAGGGAUCGAUUCUUCUGCACUUCAGCAGGCGCGCAACCUCUCAUUCUCUGCAACCCGAUUUUUCCAUCUGGGAGCUGCUCUCACUACUGCCAUCUGCCUUCUUCCUCUUUGAGGAGUUCGAGGAGCAGGAUACAGAGGAUAUCAGGAGCUUUCUCUGGCGAAGUCUCAAACGCUGGCAACAGAGUUGCAAUCACAGGAAAGGAACUUGCAACCUCAAGAAGUCCAGCUGCCGAUUGGGGAGAGAAAGACAUUGAGCUUUGUUUUAUAGUGAACUUGUAGGAUUUGAGGUAUUUUCGGGCAUUUGCUGGCUGUGAUGGAGGAGACAGCUAUGGCAGAACUUAGUUUGGGGAUCCUUAUAGAUAUUGUUGAUGAGGAAUGGAUGAGGGACACUCUACCCAAUGAUGAUCUUCCUUUGCCAAUGGUGCUGGUUGCUCGGACUGAUGAUACUGAAGACCCAAAUCAAGAGAAUCAUCAAGUGGAUGAAGACACUGGGCAUGAUCUUGCAUUAGGUACUCAGUAAGGCUUCACAUUAGCAGUACUUGGAACCUUGUUAUUGAGAGCAUUUGUUCUCAGGAUUUGAAAUUGGAUGCCUCAGUCAUUUUUCUGUGUUUGUGUCUGUCAGUCUGCAUGUUAAACUGUUUCUCUCUUUUUUCUGUGUGCAUGUGAAAAUGUUAAAAACAGAGUAACAUUAAUUUUAUGCACAAAUUGUUCACUUAAACUUGAUUCAAGUUAACAAGGCUGCUUAUACCUGUUUGAUGGUUACCGUGAGACAGUUAGAAUUUGAAAAUUGAAGCUUAUGGUCCCAAGUUAAUGUGUGUUCAAUGUAACACCAAAAUGUGGCAUACAUUUUACUUUAUGCUUCUUAUUUCUUUUCUUUUCUUUUUUUUUUUUUCUUUUUUGUAUAGUGAAAGUUAAAUGAGGUUCAAGAUAUUUUUAAUUGGGCCUUUUUAGGUAUAUUUAGAUCGGUUUAAAGAGUUGUUAAAGUUAGAUUUUUUUUUUGGUUUAAUUUAGUAUGGUUGUUGUUUUAAGUUAAUUUGGGGUUUUAUAAAUUUUGGAAUUGAAA